AUGAAUGCCUCCGCUGCUGCUGGUUCACAUCUCCUGGUGGGACAUGGACAAUCGUCGCCUGGAACGGGCGGCUUCGUCGCUGCCCUCAUAUCCCUUGUGACUUUUCUCCCACAUGCGCUGUUAUGGGUCAUAGCAUUCUGUACAAUUACGCUGCCGACAUGGUUGUUCACUCUGUUCUCGAUGAGUUUGACCUUUACCAUGAAUUUCACCACCCUGCUCUUAAUCUGCGUCGCACUAGUCUCGACCGUCAGUUGGUUCAUUCGCUAUCGUUUCCUAAACUACUAUACACACCUGCCUCAAGAGCCACAGCGAAAAGAACCGCAGAUAGACUUGUUUCCAGACACACAGGAUGGAGACUCGAAACCAGGGUUGGCCAACUACCUGGACGAAUUCCUUAGCGCGAUCAAGGUGUUUGGAUACCUGGAGAGGCCCAUCUUCCACGAAUUAACGCGCACGAUGCAGACUAGGAAGCUCAUUGCAGGAGAGACAUUGCUGCUCGAGGAAGAGAAAGGGUUCUGUCUGGUGGUGGACGGGCUGGUCCAGAUAUUUGUCAAGUCUUUGAGAGACACGCCUGACGGUACCAGUGCUGGUCAAAUUGACUUAUUCGACGAAGACGAAGGAUAUCGGGAAGGCAAUCAGGGAUAUCAAUUAUUGACCGAAGUCAAGAAUGGAGCGUCCAUGUCCUCUUUGUUCUCAAUCUUGUCCCUGUUCACCGAAGAUGUCAAGUUGCGCCAUGACGACCAGAUUCCCAAUGGCACGCGGUUAUUUACCAACCACGUCGCUCGCACUCCAGAUUCCAACGUUGCCAGCCCGACAUUGGAUCCGCCGACGCCAGGGUCGGCCAUUGUUGGUGGUCUUACCGACGCGCAGAAGGCCAGGCUCCCUAGCGUUCCACCUCUGACCCUGGGUUCUGCCUUUGAUGAACGCCACUAUAAGAAUCAUCAAGCCAAACCUAAGCCUUCGGUUUCUGCGCACCCUGAUAUUGUGGCAAGAGCAGUGGUUGACACCACAAUAGCCAUCAUCCCAGCAAGCGCAUUUCGCCGCUUGACUAGAGUGUACCCCAAAGCCACCGCUCACAUAGUUCAGGUGAUAUUGACGAGGCUGCACCGAGUGACGCUGUCAACCGCACACCAGUAUCUAGGACUGACCUCGGAGGUCCUGCAGAUCGAGAAGCUGAUGAAUAAAUACACCAGUUAUGAUCUGCCCAACCAUCUCCGCGGCCACGCCCUUGACAGGUUACGGGACAAGUUUGCAAAAGAACGAGAAAGAAUUGGCCCCGAAGAAGGGACGAAAGGAAUAGCACUACAUAACCCAACGGCAGGUCGACGGAGAUCUUCAAGCGUGCUUCGCCGGGACGCAGCUACAGUAGCCCGGAUCAAUGCAGCAAAGGGAGCUGUCUCUUCUUUAGCCCCGCCUUCUAUACGGCCGGGACUGGGUGACAGAAAUGUCAGCUCCGGUGAUCUGCAUGGCGCAUCGAGGCCCAGUCAGAGACCAACCAGCCUUCACCUGCGCUCUACGUCGAAUUGGACGAGCAUGGGAGCCCCUGACGGGUUCAGGAUGGAUUUGAGCCCGAUGGGAACCCGAGAACCACAACCUUUUCGUCAGUCGUCUCCCUUUGGCAACGACAUCCCGCAUAGACAGGAUUCCAUUCAUGAGGACAGCUUGUUUCGUGAAUCGGUGCUGGAAUGCAUGGCCAAAGCUCUUGGUUUGAGCGAAUCAGUAACCCAGACUUUGAGAGGUGCGCCAGUCUCGGUCGAGCAGUCCCCUCGGCUUGUUUCCUACGAUGCAAAACGUCAAACGGCGAUUUUCAACAAUGCUUUUGGCUUCAUCGACCCCUACGAAGGCUCGGCCGAUGGCGACUCUGAAUCUGUGACGGCUUCGGCGACCAGUAUCAGCGGGCCGGUGAGCGGUCGUACUCUGAACGACGAGCUAAUGGACGAUGUCGAGAUUGUGUUUUUUCCAAAGGGCUCUGUUUUGGUUGAGCAAGGCGAACGGAAUCCAGGUCUUUACUAUGUUAUCGACGGCUUCUUAGAUGUCGGCAUCCCCGUCGAAGAGAAAGAAGAGAAAGAAGAAAAACAAGAACCGAACGAUCGCCACCGGUCGCGGAGAGGCUCGCGAGACGACGCAUUGCCCCGUCUUCGAAGAACUAAAACUUCCAAUUCCCGAACUCAGUCGACCGCGGGCUUCCCCGGUCAGCGCAAGGAAAACAAAAGAAUGGUGCAGAAGACAUUAUUUCUGGUUAAACCUGGUGGCAUUGCUGGCUACGUUGGGACACUGUCGUCCUACAGGUCGUUUACGGACGUGACGGCCAAAACAGACGUCUAUGUGGGUUUCUUGCCUCGUUCCGCAUUGGAAAGGGUUGCCGAGAAGUAUCCCAUUGUCCUCCUGACAAUGGCGAAACGACUCACCAGCCUGCUCCCAAGGCUGAUCUUACAUAUCGAUUUCGCUCUCGAGUGGGUACAAGUCAACGCCGGUCAGGUCAUCCAUCACCAGGGAGACGACAGCGAUGCUAUUUACAUCGUUCUGAACGGGCGAUUGAGGGCCGUUCGCGAGCUUGAGGGUGGAACCAUGCGGGUGACAGGAGAAUACGGCCAAGGCGAAAGCAUCGGCGAGUUGGAAGUUAUGACUGAUGGCACCCGGCCUGCCACCCUCCACGCUAUACGUGACACAGAACUGGCCAAGUUCCCGCGAAGUCUCUUCAACAGUCUGGCGCAGGAGCACCCCAAUAUCACCAUUCAAAUCUCGAAGUUGAUCGCACAGCGAAUGCGAGCGCUUGUCGAAGCCCCAUUGACAGAGAAGGGUCAAGAGAGGAAGAGGGCCGCGUUGAGUGACUCAAGCACGUCUACCCUGAACCUCCGAACCAUCGCGGUGUUACCGGUCACAGCGGGAGUCCCAGUUGUUGAGUUCGGGAACCGUUUGCUCGCAGCAUUAAGCCAGAUCGGAGUGCCAAGUGGCGUUACUUUGCUGAACCAAGCUAUCAUUCUCAGCCAUCUCGGUCGACACGCCUUCAAUCGGAUGGGCCGCCUGAAGCUGUCACAGUACCUGGCCGACCUCGAAGAGAAAUAUGGUAUGGUCCUCUACAUUGCAGAUACCAGCGUGAAUGCUCCUUGGACCCAAACUUGCAUCUCCCAAGCAGACUGCAUUCUGCUGGUCGGCUUGGCUGAGAGCUCACCGAGCAUUGGGGAAUACGAGCGCUUCCUUCUGGGAAUGAAAACAACCGCCAGGAAGGACCUUGUCCUGCUCCACGUCGACCGAUAUUCGCAGCCGGGCCUGACCAGGAAAUGGAUGAGCAACCGAAUGUGGAUCAACGGUGGUCAUCAUCACAUCCAGAUGGCAUUUCGUGUGAGCCCGGAGGCUACGCCGCAUUCGCCUCCCAGGAAGUUUGGGUCGGCGAUCAAGCAAAGUGUCCAGGUCAUUCAAGCAGAGAUACAGAAGUACACCUCUCGCCGAGUCCGCCAGGCUCCACUAUACUCGGCUGACACGCCUUUCAAAGGCGAUCUGCAUCGACUUGCAAGACGCCUCUGCGGCAAAUCUGUCGGGUUGGUGCUCGGUGGAGGCGGCGCACGCGGUAUCUCGCACAUUGGGGUCAUCCGGGCUCUCGAAGAAGCAGGCAUCCCGAUUGACAUUGUUGGAGGUACUUCGAUCGGCGCCUUUUUAGGAGCGCUCUAUGCCCGUGACGCAGACGUGGUGCCCAUGUACGGCCGCGCGAAGAAAUUUGCCGGUCGCAUGGGCAGCAUGUGGCGGUUCGCGCUGGACUUGACGUAUCCCUCGGCCGCAUACACCACCGGCCACGAGUUCAACCGCGGCAUGUUCAAGGCCUUUGGAGAUUCGCAGAUCGAAGACUUCUGGCUGCCUUUCUACUGCAAUACGACAAACAUCAGCAAAUCUCGUGCCGAGAUCCACACUUCAGGCUAUGCGUGGAGAUAUGUGAGGGCGAGCAUGUCUCUGGCCGGCCUCAUCCCGCCGAUCUGCGAUGAAGGCAGCAUGUUGCUGGAUGGUGGAUACAUCGACAACCUCACGGUCCAACACAUGAAAUCUCUCGGCACCGACCUCGUCUUUGCCGUCGACGUCGGCGCCGUGGACGACGACACCCCACAACAGUACGGCGACACCCUCUCGGGCUUCUGGUCCCUCCUCAACCGCUGGAACCCCUUCUCCUCGAUCCCCAACCCACCCUCCUUAUCCGACAUCCAAGCCCGUCUCGCCUACGUUUCCUCGGUCGACGCACUGGAACGCGCCAAAGCCACGCCCGGGUGCAUAUACAUGCGCCCUCCCAUCGAAGCAUACGGGACGUUGGAGUUUGGGAAAUUCGACGAGAUCUACGAGGUCGGGUAUAGCUAUGCAAAGGAGUUUUUGGCCAGAUUGAGGAAUGACGGCCAGUUGAACGGCAUUAUUGACGCGUGGGUGGAUGCGAGUGAUGAGGAGGGGAAGAAGAUGUUAAGGGCCAUGGCGCCGAGAAGGGCGAGUAUCUAA